AUGCAGAAGACGGUUCACGGAGAUUUGAAGCCGGAGAAUAUUUUCGUAGACAGGGGCUUCGUUUUGAAACUCGGUGACUUCGGGAGCCUCAAACAGCUCGGCGAUUCCGCUGACUUGCACGAAGCUUUGCAAGUCGGCACCCUGGGAUAUAUGGCGCCGGAGUACUCUAGCAUGGUCGUAUCCGAGCUGACUUCGGAGGACAAAUGGCCAAAUUUGGGAGGUGACGAAGCGACCGGCCGCGCCGCGAACUCCCUGAUGCCCCUCGUCAGGCUCGACUAUUUCAUCCAACUCCACUGCAUGAUCUCGGCCCUCGAAGUGAUCGCACUUUGCAAGGAGACGCGGGAUCGACUGUCAUCGCUCGAUCUCUACAGGCUGACCACGAUUGCGUUAACCAACGUGGAACAACUUGAUGGAAUUUUUACAAAACGCUUGAAGCUGCCCGUACUGCUCUAUAAACAACCACAAGACCAAUGGUACGAGGUGGUCCCGAUGAAAAUGGUGUUCCGGACCGACCUGAGCGCUGCCCAGCCAAAAUGGCCAGAUGAUCAUGAGCUGAAGCUUAUUACCGAGGAUACGCAAAAAUGCAAAGUACACGAUGCUGAGGAAGUUCUGCAGAAGCAUCGCGAAGCCUGUGGCGAGGAUCUUAUGAAACGCUACUUCUUUUUCCUGGAUGAGCCGCCAAUGUUUCCAUGUUCUCACGAGACCGAUUGUCCGAGGGCGGACGCAGAGUUGGAUGAUAUCGCAUUCAACUGCUUGACGGCAACUACAACAUGCCAGUAUCGCUAUGCGGUCUCGCAGGAGUUUAUCCCAAUUCCAAGCCGCCGCGGUGGAAUUGUCAACCAUGUGAAGAAAGUGAAAUACCGUCCGUGCGACGUCGUGCCUGGAUAUCUGAUCCAGGCGCCAACGAAAAACGACACUGUGCUUUGGGGACUUCGUUUGGGCAAAGCGCCUGUACGAGCAGGCCUCAACUUGGACUUGAAAGGUGUCGCUCAGCUGAAAUUUUCGGAUAUUCGCCCAAUUCUGGAGACGCUCAAAGAUGAGCUGAAGGAUUGGGACGAUCGGUUGCUAAUGGAUGAAAGAAGGCUCGGAGGAGACUUUAUUCUUAGUAACGAAUGGCGAGCGAUGCGGCAGCAAGAGUAUGAGCGAAAGAUGGAGGCAUUUUUUGAAAAAUUGGAAAAGCUCACAUCCUUCUCUACUG